UAGAACAUGGGCAGCAAUCCAGGUAACACUGGUGCUAGUGGAUGUGGUAGUGGUGAUGGUAAUGGUGAUACCAUGUGCAGUUCUGGUUUGAAAAAACAACAUCAGGAACAACAAAAACGUCCUAGGGUUCCGAAAAGAGGUCCCGGUAUUGCUGAACUUGAGAAGCUCUUGAGAGAAAAAGAGUUAACAAGAGAUAGAGGAAAUAACGAAGAGUUUUCAGUUUCAUCUGAAUUUUUUAAUCGUCAUCAACCAUCAUCAUCGUUGCCGUGGCCAAAUUCGAGUAAUUUGCAAUCUCAUGUUCCAUCUGCCCCAAAAUUUGAUCAAAUAGUUCCACCUACACCAUCAACUAUUGGAUCUAUGUAUGGUAACACAGUGUUACCAUACAUAGAUCCAAUAGUUAACACUAAUACUCAUUCAGUUGGAAGGAAUGGUGGUGGUGGUGGAUCCGGUGAAUAUGAACUAUUUCCUAUGAAUCUUAAAGAAGUUGGGGAUGGAAGCCAAUCUGAUCCUGAAAAUUCUCCAUCUAGGAGUUUGGCUAGUGAAUCCAAUCAUGGUUGGUCUUACCCUGCCAAUAUUCAAAAGAGAAACAAUGGUUAUCCACCAAAACCUAUGAUGAAUCAAACUCUAGCUUCUUCAGGAUCAUUGUCAACUGGAUUGCACAAUCAUCUAGAGCCCUCUUCAAUCCAAAACUCCAAUUACAACUAUAGCUAUAUGUCACAGGCUGAACAUAAGAUGGUUGGCACAAAACGAUCUCAUACUUCAUCUUUGGACAACUCACUGAUUCGAUCAAGAAAUGAAUGCCAUGGUGUUAUUAGUAACAAUCCGACCAAAUAUGACUACAGGAAUGCUGAAUGGGGUAGCAGUUUGGAGCUUGGUAACAAAAGAUUCAAUUCUGACAAAGUCUCUCCUGAAGUUCAACCACCUUCACCUCCUAUGCAUUUGUUUCAAAAUGAUAUUUCUAAGGGGUAUAUGUUUCCUUGUCAAGUCAUUGAAGAUAAAAUCGAGAAUACAUUCCAACGUUCAGAAUCAAGUGGACAAAAUCGUCAACAUUUCUUUAACUUUUUAGAAGUGAAAGGCCAAGAAGGGGUGACAGAUGAACCAAAUGGCUCAAAUCAUGGAGUGCAUGAAGAAGGAAGUGGUGGCCUUGAUCUUAGCUUGAAGCUUUGA